UUUUGUCCUCUUUCUACAGUGGCUUUUGUGAACAACAUGUACUCAGUUCCAGCAGAGCCUGAAUGAAUGACUGUGUCCUCCGUCCAACCCAGAAGCACAAAUCAUGCUGCUCGUCUGGGAGGAAAACAAAGCUUGAGACCCAAGAUGAAGGAAGAGAAGGGUGCUCCAUUGAAAAACAAAAUAAUUUACCAGAUUUUUUUGCUUGUGUGUUUUGGUUUCUGCAAUUCAGGUGGAGUGUUGGCAGUGAAUAUGACUAUCCCAAAUACUCUCAUUAGAGGUAAAUUAGGAGGGGAGGCCCUUCUGUCAGUCCGCUAUGAUAGUUUCAGCUUAGACCUGCCAGUUAUCAAGUGGCUACUUAAAAGGGAAAAAUCUGUCACGGUUGUCCAGUCGAUUGGAACGGACAUCAUUGGGACGCUGAGGCCCGAGUACCGGGAUCGUAUCCUGGUAUUUGGGAAUGGGACUCUGCUUCUCCACAACCUCAGAUUUGCUGAUGAUGGAACAUAUGACGUAGAGAUCUCCAUCACAGAUGAUACCUUUCCAGGAGAGGGCAGCAUCACACUCACUGUGGAUGAACCUAUAUCCAGGCCUUAUAUCAACAUGGAGUCUUCAUCAUUACUGGAGCGUAGCGAAAAUGUUGUCCUCAACUGCUCUCAUGACAAUGGAACCAGGACUACAUACAGGUGGUUCAAAGGCGGAAAACUCCUGACCAAUGAGACAAGGUUCGUCUUUUCUCCUGAUCAGAAGCUUUUGACCAUCAAGCGGGUGUUGAUGGCAGAUGAUGAUGUCUACAGCUGCACAGUGGAGAAUCCGGUGGGAAAUAUGACAAGUCUGCCAAUUAGACUGACUGUAUACAAAAGAAGUUCCCUUUAUAUCAUCCUUUCUACUGGAGGCAUCUUUCUUUUGAUCACCUUGGUGACUAUAUGUGCCUGCUGGACACCUUCUAAAAAGAUCCUUCCACAGAUGACUCCUCCAGCAACAGUAUUGGAUCUCCAUCUGAACUUGACAACCCACCAUGCUACACCACUUCCCCCACAUAUACUGAUCCUAUUACUCUUACUGCUGGUUCCCCUGCUCGCAUCUCCCGUAAGCAUACCUGAUGGGUCAUCGGUUUAAACAGUCCACAGUACAACAAACAGAAGGUUACAUGCUCUAUAUUCUACUGCUCCGGAAUGCAAAGUACUCUAGACAUCGUGGAGAGUGUCGUAAAAUGAAGAAAAUGCUGUGAAUUAAACACUGUAACUUAAAUAACAGUUGUUUUAAAGUUUAGUAGCACAGCCUGGAAUGAAAUAUGAGGACAGUUUGACAUUAGAGUCAAAAUGUUUCAGUUUUUAUGAUUUAAAUUUUUUAUUUGGUUUGUUACUCAACACCAUUGCAGUUUGUUACAUGACAAUUCCAGACAAUUCCAGACAUAUAACUGACUUGUUAUCUCUCUGUUAUGUCAAAUUUUCUGUAUACAUAAAAAUACAGAUUACUUUGUGAAAUAAUGUAAAUUAGUAUUUUAGUUCUACUAGAUUGCUUAAUUUAUGUGUAUACAGUGACAAAACCAUGUUGGGGUAGGAUAGGGGGCCAUGGUAUUUGAAUUUUAUACAUACUUUAAUAAAAAUGUAGAAUUAUCAGAAAUUUGUCUUUGUGGUAUUUUGGAAAGACUGACCUGUGCCAGUUGACUUGAACAAGUAGUGUCCUUGUUUGCUUGUCAUUUAUCAUAGAUAGAUUAGUAGAUUUAAUUUUUAACAACAUUUGCCUCAAGCUGCUUUAUAUUGCAAGGUAAACCCUCUACAAUAAUACAGAGAAAACAGGGAAGAUCCCAUCAGAUGACAGUGACACAACUGUCAUUGAUGUCCACUACCGCUGAUCGAAAAGAAGUUUUCAUCAUAACCAUGUUCCCAUUUUAGGACAUGGGUGUCUAAUUUUUACUUACCAGUCUAUACUAAUCGGUCUUGAAGGACGUAGGCCUUGUUACACAGGUAAAUUUCAAAUGUUCACAAUGAGCAGGAGGAGGAAAAAUGUGGUACUUCUAACAGUUUUGCUUUCUUUAUACAUAAAGAAAUGGUGUAAUUUAUGCCAUGUUCCUUCAUGCCUAAGGCACUGAACAUAUUCCAUAUCAACAUGAGUAUCCUUCUAUUUUUCAAAUCUUGGGCUGCAUUCAGACCCAGGGGAGUAAAGCUAACAAUUUUGACUUCUCCAUUGUACAGAAAUUGAUAAUAGAGCAUAGUACUGUGUUUUUUGUUUUUGUUUUUUUU